AUGUUAAAGACAAAUACAUUACUAAUUCUAGUAUUACUUUCAACUAUAUUAGAAGCAAAAACUAUACAAUUUUUCCGCCCAAAUUAUAAUAAUAUGACACUUAGUAUUACUGAAGAGGCAAUAGACUAUCUCAAAGAAAUUCAUAGUUUGAUUCCUGUUACUGUCAUUGGACCAAGAAAAUCUGGGAAAUCAUUUCUAUUAAAUUCUUUAACGAAAACUUCUGGGUUUGAGUUAGGACAUGGUUCAUUACCUCAAACAAAAGGAAUUGAAUUUCUUAAAAAAAAAAUAUAUAAUAAAGAACAUGAAGUUAUUUAUUUUGAUACUGAGGGAUUAUCAAGUAAUCCAUUAGGAUUUGAUAAAAACAUUGUCUUAUUUGGUUUAAUGGGAAGUUCUCAUUUAAUCAUUAAUGUUAGAAAUGAAUUAUUAUUUAACGAUGUAUUGUCUUUAUCAUUGAUGUCACAAUUGGCUCAAUAUUAUCAUCAACAUCAUAUCUCCUCAUUCCAUUUUCCAAUACUGACUUGGGUUGUAGAAGAUUAUAAUCAAAUCAUGAAAAUGAAUGAACACGAUCUUCUUUUUAAUCAUUUCUUAAAAGAAAAAGAUAAUCCUGAUAACGAAUCAUUAAUAACUGAGUACAAUGAAAUUAUACAAACUAUUAAACAACUCUUCCCUGUUCAAAGAUUAUUUGUCAUACCUGAACCUAUUGAUGAUCAUUACCAAUUUACUAACUUGGACAAUAUUAAAUAUGAUAUACUUAAUCAACAAUAUCGCAAUAAAAUAGAAGAAUUAAAACAAUGGAUUUUUACAUCUGAACCAUUCAAAUUACAUGAAAUAGUUACAGGUGAACAAUAUGGAAAUUAUGCUAAGAAUUUUAUCAACGAAUUAAUGAAAGAAAAAAUAAGUCCAUUAGUUUCUCAUAUCGCUGAAUAUUUUGGAGAAAGUCUUUUAAAAGAAGUUUUAGAUAAAUACAAUCAGCGUAUGGGCGCUAUUAUAUUACCAGCUGAUUUAGAUUAUAUUCAAGAAAAGAAAGAAUUAUAUGCAAAUGAAUCCCUUUCUUUAUUUGAUAAACAAAUGUAUGGAUUAGAUACUUUAUUAUCAACACAAUCAUUACGUACUAAACUCAUUAAUUCUAUAAAUGAAUCAUUUCAAUUAUAUAUAUUCUCUAAUGAACAAAAAAGUCAUUCUUUUAAUUCAGGUGUUAUGGAAGAGUCAUUAAUGAUUAUCAAAGAUAAGUCAAAGUCAGUGGCAGUCACAAUGAAAGAUGUUGUCUUAAAUCAUUACCAAAAAUAUUCUGUUGGUCCUACAAAACAAUAUUAUUUUAAAUUAUUAAAACGUCAACUUGAUCUUAUUACUGAUGAUAUGAGAUGGGAUGUAUUAAUUAGUGUUUUAUUAUGUUUCUUUAUUGCAUUCUUAAUAAUGAAAUUUACUAGAAUGAAUUUCUGUAAAUCAUUAACUUUAAGUAUUAUUGCAUUUGCUAUAUUAACCUUAUUCAUGAUAUUUUCAGUAUGGCAACUAUCUAUAUUAGAUACUAUCAAAUUAUUGUUCUUUGCUGUUACUGGAUUAUCUCAAUCACAAAUACUUAUCAUUCUUACCUGCUUCUGUUGUUUAGUGAUUUUUUCCAUUUUUUAA